AUGGACAUGAGUGGGAUGGACUCGUCCUCCUCCUCUUCUUCCUCGACUAUGUCAAUGUCGAUGGUUUUCGCCAAUUCUCAUACGACCCCUCUCUACUCCUCGCAAUGGACCCCCUCCUCCAGUGGCUCCUACGCUGGCACCUGCAUUUUUCUUAUUGUCCUUGCCAUUAUCGGCCGAUUGCUCGUUGCAUUCAAGGCCUUCAUGGAGCAGCGCUGGCUUAGCGCUCACCUCAAACGCCGUUACAUUGUCGUUGCAGGGAAGACCUCUGAGGCCGGACGCAUCGACACCGAUCCAGAUGCGAAAACAGGCAGUUUGUUAACUGCGCAAGGUGUGGAAGAGUCGGUCAGGGUGGUCUACCGUGCAACUCAGGAGCCUCUACCUUGGAGAUUCAGCGUUGAUCUUCCCAGAGCGUUGAUCUUUCUCUGUAUUACAGGCGUUUCGUAUCUACUAAUGCUGGCGGUAAUGACCAUGAAUGUGGGGUAUUUCUGCUCUGUGCUCGCAGGUGCUUUCCUUGGAGAGCUUGCCGUGGGACGAUUCAUCCAAUGGAACGAGGUGCAUGGACAUUAA